CGCACAUGCAGUACAGAAACCAGCACCAACAGCUCUAACACACAAAGCACUAUCCCACUUCAUGAACUGGGACAUCCUCUGUUUCAACAGCACGACAUUCAUCACCGGGGUCUUCGUUCUCGACUAUGGGGCAGACAAAUUCCUCGACCACACCGUUAUCAUCGGACAACGAUUAGGCAUCUCACCCACUCUAAUCGCUCUCUUAACCGCUGGAGCCGAGUACGAAGAACUAGCCGUGGUCAUCUCUGCAAUCCUCCAACACCGCUCCCCUCUAGCACUAGGCAACGUCCUCGGCGCCACGAUCUCCAACAUCCUCGGUGCCUUUUCCCUAGGUCUCCUCUUCCAUCCAAGCGGAGUUUACUUCGAUAGGAGCGCAAAGAUCUACUCCGCGCUUCUUCUCUCCAUCACCACGUUAUCCGUGGCUCUGGCAUUCUUCAACCUACUCAAUCGAGUCACCGGUGGGAUCCUCAUCGCCAUUUUCGCCAUCUAUACCAUUUCCACGGGAUAUGCUAUCUAUAAGGGUGUAACAGACCCGCCUCAGAUAUCAGAUAGUGAUAAUGAUACCGAUAGUGAUACUGAUGAUCAUAUCUCCACCACGCGGGUAUCCGAGGAAUCUCCUCUCCUAAUCCCACGGGCACUUACUCACCAUAUCUUCCACCUGCUCGUCGGCCUCCUUGCGCUCUCACUUUCUGGAUACAUCCUCGCGCAUAGCGCAGGUUUAAUUGCCGAUUCUCUCCAGGUAUCAGGGACCGUUUUAGGCUUAACGGUUAUUGCCUUUGCGACGACGCUACCUGAGAAGUUAAUCUCAGUGAUGAGUGGACUUCGCGGACAGGGAGGGAUUAUUGUUGCCACUACGGCAGGGAGUAAUAUCUUUCUCUUGACGCUUUGUGUUGGGGUGGUGGCUGUUGCGGGGGGUUCUGUUGAUCAGGCAGGUAGAGAUUCUUUGGUGCUUUUUGAUUUGGUUAUGGUGUGGAUCUCUGCGGUGGGCUUUACAGCUGUUGUUUUUCUUGAGCCGAGUCGGGUUGCGGGGGUGGUUUUGUUCGCUGUGUAUAUAGUGUUUUUGGUUCUUGAGGAUAAACGCUGA